AGAGAGAGAGAGAGAGAGAGAGAGAGAGAGCGCGCACUCGAGCCUUGAGUUUUGCCACUGCCGUGUGCUCUACUCUUCUCUUAAUAAAUGCAUUAUAAAUAUUAAUAUGCCUUCCCCUGAAUUCGGUCUCUUCUCAUGAAAACUAUCUCACAACUGUUUCUUUCGCCGAAUCUCGCUCUCCUUCUCCUUCUUCUUCUCUGCAUGUGGAAAGUUUUGGGGGUGGGAUCUGAUUUUCCUGACUGUUGUUAACGCUACAUGAUCACGAUGGCCCUUGAACACAAAGAAACAACGCAGAAUUUAUCUGAGUCAUACAUGGGAUGCCUCAAGAGGAAGGAGUUACCUUACAAUCUACGAUAUCCGCGGAAUCUCUCGGGAGGGUUCUCUGAUUCUAAAGAUGAAACCAGUAACCGCUCGGGAGCUGGUUUCAUUAAACCUGACAGCUCACUCAAUAGCCCAUGUUUUGCGCCUGUUAAUGAAGGUCAUUUUAGACCAAUGCUUCAACAAGACUUUCAUGUUUGGUCUGCAUUUCAUCCCAACGUCCAGAAGGCACGACAGAACCAGUUUUAUGCACUUGAAGGCUGUUUUUCUCCUAUGUCAUCACAAUGUUACCUACCGGAUUUUCGAUUCCAAGAAUUCCAAUAUUUCGUUGUCAUAGACUUUGAGGCAACAUGUGACAAGGAGAAGAAGCCUUUCCCUCAAGAGAUUAUUGAAUUCCCAUCUGUAUUAGUAAACAGUAUGACUGGCCAACUGGAAGAUUGUUUUCAAAUUUAUGUGCGGCCUACAUACAAUCAAAAUCUAAGUGACUUCUGCAAGGAGCUUACUGGCAUCGAGCAAACCCAGGUGGACAAAGGUGUUGUCCUGAGUGAAGCUCUGCUUAUGCAUGAUAAGUGGCUUGAAGAAAAAGGGAUUAAACAUACCAACUUUGCUGUGGUGACAUGGACAAAUUGGGAUUGUCGAGUAAUGUUGGAAUCUGAAUGCCAAUUUAAAAAGAUCAGGAAACCACAGUACUUCAACAGAUGGAUCAACCUGAAGGUUCCAUUUCAUGAGAUGUUUGGUGCAGCCAGAUGCAACCUAAAAGAAGCUGUUCAGCGGGCUGGCCUGGCUUGGGAAGGUCGUGCUCACUGUGGCCUAGAUGAUGCUAAGAACACUGCCCGUCUGCUCGCCCAUAUAAUGCACCGUGGAUUUAGGUUCACUAUUACUGACUCACUGAUGUGGCAGUCCGCAGAUUGCUCCUUGGCAACACAGCAGUUCCUGGAUCCUCAGUCUGGCUUUGCCCAGCAUUCCGUCAGGAUUAAGCACCCAUCACUGCCUUUUAUCUACUUCCGCCCUGUCCAGGUUGAUCCCAGUAAAGAAUCUAAAGAGCAAGGAAUGUUCUGCUUUUGUGGGGUGAAAAGUAGCAAACAAGUGGUUCAGAAACCCGGACCAAAGCAUGGGAGCUUCUUCUUUGGGUGCGGUAAUUGGACUGCUGCUAGAGGUGCCCGAUGUUCAUAUUUCAAAUGGGCCACCUCUUGACAGAAGGAAAGACAGAACUGAAGAAGGUCGCCAUCAGAGGGAAAAAUGAAAACAAAAAGAAACAGAAAGAAGAAUAGUGUCAAUCAACCUUGACUUGUAAAGUUGAUUAAGCCUUAGGAAGCCGCAUGUGGAAAGACAGCUCUUAACUUCUAUAGUUGAUUUAAAAGGAAAAAAAAAGCAUAGAAAUGCAGUUGUGUAAGAAUGACUAUGAGAAUAUGCUUUAACCAUGCUGGGACAUGGGGUUUAAUCAUCUAAAAUAAUUCCUGAAUAGUUCUUGAAUAGGAAAUUGGAAUGACAAAAAUCAGUGAUCUGAGUGUUUUUUCCUUUGUU